AUGGCAUCACUAAUAUUUAGUAUGGAUAAUCGAGAUCAUGCUUACAUCGUCAUACGUCAAUUAUUGUGUAGCCGUCGAAUUAAAGUACCCGAUGGUGUAAUCCAAGCUAAUAGGAAUCAUAGCCAAGACAACCCUGCUUCAGUUUUAGGAUUGCCAGCAACAUUGGUCCCAUACAAGCAAGAUAAUCAAACGGAACACUAUGCCAUUCCAACCUUUUUACAUCAAACAAGUGAAUUUCUACGAAGACAUCUUCACACAGAAGGCCUGUUCAGAAAAUCUGGAUCACGUUCACGACAAAAAAUACUACUGGCACAAAUCGGUAAAGUUAACCAGGAUUGGAGUGAAGAUGCUAAUGUGCAUGAUAUUGCUACGUUAUGGAAGCAAUUUCUACGUUCCUUGUCCUUUCCUGUAUUGCCUCACGAAUUUCAUGAAGCACUUUUACAAUGUGCUUCAAUGAAAGCAAGUCGUCUGCAUCAAAUGACAAUAUUAUUACUGUGCUUGUUAUUUCCACGGGAUAACUUAAACGUUUUGCAUUAUAUUAUGAAAUUUCUGAAAGAUGUUGCUACUCAAUCCGAUCAAAAUCAAAUGGAUAGUAAUAACUUAGCACUAGUUUUAACGCCAAGUUUAAUGCCUGACGUCAGCAAUAAUGAUGAUAAUAGCGAUUUACUAUCAUUACAAACAACCAUCAUAAAAACUUUAAUCGAUAAUGCCGAUAAAAUUGGCUUUAUACCAUCUGACGUACUGGAAGAUAUCCAACAGCUUAAAGAUAAAUUCACUUUGUUGCCCAAUGAUGACAAAUUUGCAAUGAAUAAAUUUAGUAAUCAAAAGAAGAGCAAACGUCGUUUAAGAACUCGAUCAUCGAAUGCUCGUCUAUGCAGGGCUGGUAUUGAUCCUCAUAACAAAAAAUCUAAAUCGAGACAGGCUAUAUCACCAGACUUUCUAAAGGCCUUAAAGGACGAUAAUGCUACCAAUUCGGUCGUUGGCCCUGUAGCGUGCUGCUUCAGUCAUGCAACGUAUACACAGUCCUUAUGUAUCGAUGACGUCAAAGCUGCGUGGUCGUUCGUCCAAAUUUCCGCAGAUACAGCAACGUUAGUUACUGUUCAAAGGCAUGCUUGGUUUUAUUAUAUCUAUAGAUUAAUGUCUUACAUAUUUGGAAUUGCAGUUCCUUCUAUGUUUAACAAUGAGAAUGCAGAACCAGCGUUUUUACGCUUGGGCCAACAAAUUGGUAACUUAACUCCCACAAAAGUAAAUACACAUCGUCGCCACAAAAGUGCAAGAAGACCAAUGCGUGCAGGAUUUGUUGGAAGGAUGCCUGUACCUGAGACUUCAACUGAUAGCCAACGCCAUUCGGUAAAGAUUGAAGACGGAUACGAAAUUAUUAGCAGUGCAGUGUUACCGCACCUUAUGAAACCAAAUCAGGAAUGA